AUGACAGUGAAGAAUAAAAAUGUUUCCGUGCUGAUGAUUGCUGCGAUCUGCUGCUGCUGCUCCUGCUCGUUGUUGGCGAACGCCGAGAUGCAUCAACGCAAGCCUCGCUUCAUCUCGUUCAACAAGAAUUCGGGAAAAGUUGACUUGGCCUUGGAUUUGUCGGUGCCGUUUUUAUCGAUUCCACUGGACAACAGAAAUGGUCAAAGUGGAUUGAGUAUGCCCCUGGUGAACAUCAAUACCAAGUCAUUGGCCGCUUUGGGUAUUCUCAUGGCUCUCAGUGCUUUUGUUCUGCCGUUGCUCAUUAAACAGACGACCGGAGUCGACAUGCACAAUGGCAAACCGGCUGGUCUGCACCAUCAGUACAGGUCCGAUAGGGCAUUGGAAGAAAACAGCUGGUCUUCGAUGAUCAGCGAAUCGUUGAACGAUAUAUUCCAGCGCGACGCGACUGCCACACCGUGCAUGCAAAGAAUCGCUUGCUCCGCCGUUCACUCGUCCAAGAAAUCCGACGAUCCAUCCAAUCUGGACACGAUAAUCGAGGAAGUUUCCAGCCACCGAUUGUUCGACAACAUGACCGGUGCGAGCAUGAAAAACGCCGUGGAUAAGGGGCGUACGGUCUCGAGCUUGGACGAAUGCGCCAACUUUUUCCAGGGAUGCAACAUCGAUUCGCAAGACAUAGCGAGUUUAUUCAAGAUUUUUAACAUUUAA